AUGCCUGAAGCCAGAGAAGCCGAUUAUGGCAUUGUCGACCAAGUAUCCGGACCUCUGGUUAUUGCCAAGAACAUGAGCGGCACAAAGAUGUAUGAACUGGUCCGUGUCGGUUGGUACGAGCUGGUGGGAGAAAUUAUUAGGCUUGAUGAGGAUGGAGCUUACAUUCAGGUGUACGAGGAUACUGCUGGGUUGUCUGUGGGUGAUCCGGUGCGCAAGACUGGCAAGCCGUUGUCGGUGGAAUUGGGGCCUGGAGUAUUGGAGACGAUUUUUGACGGUAUCCAGCGUCCGUUGUACCGCAUUGCAGAUGAGUCGGGUUCUGUAUUUAUUCCGCGUGGUGUGGAUUCUUCAUCGUUGGAUCGAAAGAAGAGUUAUGAGUGGAAGGCGAGCACGAGUGUGAAGAUUGGCGACAUUGUCACGGGUGGCGAUAUCGUGGGUGUAGUCUUCGAGAAUUUCUUGUUCAAGGAGCACAGAGUGAUGGUGCCUCCGAAGAUGCAGGGCCGGAUUACGUGGCUGGCUCCGGGGGGAAACUAUAACGUGACGGAGACUUUGUGUAAGCUAGACUUCCAGGGUCAGACUUUGGAGAUUGCCAUGUCUCACUUCUGGCCGGUGCGUGAGCCGCGGCCUGUGCACGAGAAAUUGGCUGGCAACUCUUUGUUGUUGACGGGCCAACGUGUACUGGACUGUCUGUUCCCGUCGGUGCAAGGCGGCACCUGCGCCAUCCCAGGCGCAUUCGGAGCCGGCAAGACUUGUAUUUCGCAGGCGCUCUCUAAGUAUUCCAACUCGGAGGUCGUGGUGUACGUGGGUUGUGGCGAACGUGGUAACGAAAUGGCUGAGGUGCUUGUGGAAUUCCCGGAGCUGACUACCUACGUGGACGGCAAGGAAGUGGGUAUCAUGAAACGGACGUGUUUGGUGGCCAACACGUCCAACAUGCCUGUGGCCGCCCGUGAAGCCAGUAUUUACACCGGAAUCACGCUCAGUGAGUACUUUAGAGAUAUGGGUUACAACGUCGCUAUGAUGGCUGACUCCACAUCUCGUUGGGCAGAGGCACUCAGAGAAAUUUCUGGUCGUCUCGCAGAAAUGCCUGCUGAUUCCGGCUACCCUGCGUACCUGGCUGGCAAAUUGGCCAGCUUCUAUGAACGCGCAGGCCGUGUGAAGUGUCUCGGGUCCCCCGACCGCGAGGGAACCAUUUCCAUCGUCGGUGCUGUGUCUCCUCCUGGCGGUGACUUCUCGGAUCCUGUCACGGUCGCUACCAUGUCCAUUGUCCAGGUUUUCUGGGGACUGGAUAAGAAACUAGCGCAGCGCAAGCACUUCCCCUCGGUCAAUUGGAACACCUCCUACUCAAACUGCAAGCGCUCUUUAGACCCAUAUUUCGAUAAGUAUGACAGCGAAUUCGGAAACCUUCGGCAAAAAAUGGCGGAGAUCCUCCAGUCCGAACAAGAGCUGCAGGAUAUCGUACAGUUGGUGGGCAAGGACUCUCUCAGCGAGGACCAAAAACUGAUCAUGGAAGUUGCCAAGAUCAUUCGCGAGGACUUCCUCCAACAGAACGCCUUUACUGACUACGACUUCAUGUGCCCACUCAUCAAAACUACAGGAAUGAUGCGCAUAAUCUGCCUCUUCUACGACCAAGCGAACAGAGUUAUCCAGGAAUCAAGCAGAGAGCAAAAUAAGAUCACCUGGGGCCUCAUCAGAAACUCCAUGAGGGAAACCAUAACCAAGAUCACGUCUAUGAAAUUCGCUAAACCCAGACAACAAGACUCCGCAUUCCAAGAGUAUUUCAAAUCACUCGAAGAAGAGAUCGUGCAUCAAUUCAGAGUCAUCACUGAAUGA